AUGGUAGAUUCAGCAUUUAAUGCCUACUUGGAAUGGAUAAAGACGAAUGGAGGCUCAUUCCAAAAGAUCAACUUUAGAAAAGAUCUUCACGGAGAAGGUUGUGUAUACACGACGGAUACAGUUAAAGAGAGCGAGCAGUUUGCCACAGUCCCUUUUAAGAUCUGUAUUACUGAAAAAGUAGCUCGUAAGGCGCUUCCAACCUUGACUGACUUUUCUGGUCGUGUUGUGCAAUCCUUAUUUUUACUGUUGCAGAAAAACUUGGGUGAACGAUCCUUUUAUUACCCUUACAUCAACAUACUUCCCAAAAGGAUAGUGACAGCAAUGCAUUUUGAUGAGGAAGAUAUGGCUUAUUUACAAAAGACAAAUAUGGAAUUGGCUGUAAGGGAAAGAAAAGCAGCCUUGCAGAGUGAAUUUACGCGGCUUUUGGAACAUUUGCCGGAGAAUGUUCAUAAGGAGGAUGUUAGAUGGGAGGACUUUUUAUGGGCACACAGCAUGUAUUCAUCCAGAGCAUUCCCUUAUAAGUUAAUAGAUCCUUCCUCUACUGAGGAGUCCGAGGUUCUAUUUCCCUUGGUAGAUGCAUUAAAUCAUAAACCAAAUACAAAAAUUACGUGGUCAAGGAGUGGUGAUAGCGAGACUGGCUCAUUGACCUUUGUUGCUGGACAGGAAUACCAAGUAGGAGAUGAAAUAUUCAAUAACUAUGGACCAAAGUCUAAUGAAGAGCUGUUGAUUGGCUAUGGGUUUUGUUUCGAGUAUAACGAAUAUGAUCACAUUGCCUUGAAGCCCAACUUUUCUCAGGAUUUAAACUAUCAGGUUAAGCUUGAUAUCCUUCAAAACUGCGGUAUUUCAUCUGGGAAUACUGAUCCAUAUACUUUCUACAUUCACCGAAACAACGUUCCACCCAUGUUCUUCAAGAUGAUGAGAGUCCUGGUUAUGAAUAAUAUGGAAACAGCCUACUAUAGAAGCUGUCAUGAUCUCAAGUUUUUGGACAUGGUUGGUUAUCGAAACGAGCUUUCUAUGCUAUCGAUGACUCUCACUCUACUCAAGACACGAUUAAUUGCCUUAAAAUCUGUCGAUUUGGACACGAGUGACAAUAUACCGGCCUGGCGAAAGUUUGCCUUGAUGUAUCGUGCAGGUCAAGAAGAUGUUUAUAAUGUCACAAUUACCAAGAUAGAAGAAAUGAAGAGUCGAAUUAUCAGCUGUAUGAAUCAAGACAUUAAAGAAAACAGAAUGGCUCCAAAUGUACCAUUCUUAAGCAUAGUGAAUCCAGAUUAUGAAUAUACAUCUUUGACGAUUGAUAGCAGCCCAUUUAUUUCAUUGGAUAUGGUCAUCAUCACUUUGGACAGUCUCCUGAGGAAGAAUGACCCCUUUUCAACGGCGAUUACAGAAAUAUUCGAAGACUUUGAUGAAGAAGCGGAUGUUAUAUUUAUGUUGUCGCUUAUCAAUGAAAAGUUUAAUGAAAAUAGCAAAUGGAAAGAGUUUUUCAGAAGAAUUUCUUCAAGUGAUACGACGGUAAGCCAAGACGAGCAAGAACUGAAAGAGAUGUAUGAUUCAAUGAUUCCUGAAUUUUCAGAAGCCUAUCCUCAUGUCUUUAGCUUGGGCAAGUUUAGCUUUGAAUCGUUCGUUUGGGCCGAUAAUAUCUUGAAUAAUUACUCCAUUGAUAAUCCCUUAGCCAUUGUACCACUUUAA